AUGAAGCUGAACAUCGACAUUUUGAGAGCCAGGGACCAAGAAGCAAAAGUUUUGCGCGCAGAUCAAAAGAAGAAAAUUAGCAAACUUCAAGACAAAGUUCGCACUUUACAAGCUGAACUCCGCGAGCAGCAACAACAAACUAACCAAAGGAGAAAAAUUCUCAGUCACCGCGUCAGAAAAUUAAAAGCUGAACACCUCACAGCAAAUUCCGGUGACGCAUUCAAUCCAGUGACUAAGGCGCAGUUGAAGCUAUUAACUGACCACUUUAGGAAACAGAUAAUGUCACUUUUGAAAAGGAUAAUGAUUCUGGACGAGAUUAUUCACAAGGAGCAACUCUGCAUGCCUUGGAGUUUGCCGGAGAACUUUGACAGCAGGCUCGCUUCACUGGUUCAUGACCUUUGCGACGGUCGGAGGUCCCUCGCUUCAACGAAAUCCUCGUCCUCAGAGGCGCUGCAGGAGGCCUCGUCUUUGCUACGCCGCAAAGCUCUCGGAAUUGAAACGGAAAACGAACUUGACCAGCUAUUUCAUGCGUUGAUUUUAUUCACCUACUGUCAGGAGUGCAACCAAAAGCCAUUUGAUAUAAAUGCAGAAUGUGCGAAACACAAGCCCUAUCUGGAGGCCCAAAAUAUUUUGGCUGGGCUGAAAAAGUUUUCUCGAGGUGCUACGGUGGAUUCGGAAACAAAUUUAGCACAAGAUUCACAGAAAAGUUCAUCUGCGCUGCUCCGUGGAACAAAAUCAAAAUCUGAAGAGUCUGUCGGUUGGUCUGAAUUUUUGAAGCUUCUACCGGAUGAUCUGGAGGAAAAAUGGGACAGCCUAUACGUUGGGAUGAACCAACAUUUGGCAGUUUUGAGUGACCGGCACGAAGUCAACGAACAAGUUGGGCGGAUCAAAAAGCAAAACGCCGAGCUGAGGCACCUCUUGGAAAUGCACACCAUGGCCAAAUUACUGAAAAAGCAGCAGACGCGUGCGUUGAUGGAGUCUGCUGACUGA